GCGGCGCGGAGUGCGCCGGCGCGUCGUCGGGGACGCCGGGUCCAGGAUCUUGCUAGGGAACCAGUGUUGUCGCGUCGUCCCGCCCCCUCGGGGCUUUUGCUCCCGUUAACUGUCGGCGGGGCAGGCUCCGCAGCGCAGGGCGACAUGCCGGUGCGCUUCAAGGGAUCACGAAAGAACCAGGUUUUAUUUCAAAAAGAAGAGUUCCCUACCAUGACCCUCAGAUUUCAAAAUACCUGGAGUGGAACGGAACCGUCAGAAAGAAGGAUACGCUUGUCCCACCAGAACCCCAGGCCUUUGGAACGCCAAAGCCACAAGAGGCUGAGCAAGGAGAAGAUGCCAAUCAAGAAGCAGUUCUCUCACUAGAGGCCUCCAGGGUUCCCAAGAGAACUCGGUCUCAUUCUGCGGACUCGAGAGCUGAAGGGGUUUCAGACACUGUGGAAAAGCACCAGGGUGUCACGAGAAGCCAUGCGCCAGUUAGCGCGGAUGUGGAGCUGAGACCUUCCAGCAAACAACCUCUCUCCCAGAGCAUAGAUCCCAGGUUGGAUAGGCAUCUUCGUAAGAAAGCUGGAUUGGCCGUUGUUCCCACGAAUAAUGCCUUGAGAAAUUCUGAAUACCAAAGGCAGUUUGUUUGGAAGACUUCUAAAGAAAGCGCUCCAGUGUUUGCAUCCAAUCAGGUAGCUCAAGAGAUGCGUUUCUGAGUGUUCUCACCUGACUCGUGUGUGAGUACAGGCUACAUGGAAAGAGUCGGUUCUGACCUGGGCCUGGCUCUGAGUUCUGGAAGACAGUGAGAGGUUUGCUAGGCUCUUGCUCUCCCUUCUGAUCUACAGUGGCGAUACUACACAGUCCUGUGCUAUUGGUGAUCGGCAUUGCCAGGCCCUCUAAGUGGGAGGCGGGGCAGUGACAGCGAGGGGGAGUGGCAAGUUCACAGGCCAGAGGAUGGUUUUAUGUCACUAUCUUCUUAAUCAUCCAAUUGGUUAUGUUCUAAAUUGUUAUUAACGUUUUUGCAUGAUGUCUAUUUUUUAAGGAAGACUAACUGCUUUGGACAUUUAUAUAUUGAAAGCAGCACUGCAUAUAAUUGUCCCCUUGAGUCAGUUAAAUGAUGGCAGGAAUUGAGUUUUUAUUUGCAAAAUUUUAAAAGGCAUAAUGGACUAAUUUGUGAGACAAAUUUCAUUAUAUUUUGUGCAAUUUUAGUAUUUUAUUAUCUUGCUAAUAAAUAUUCUGUUAAUUGCUGCUGUCCUCUGGGGUGUUCUUAGACUGAAUUCUUUCUUAUGUUUUUGACUAUACUUUCAGCUUCGGAAGCCCAUGACAGCUUCAUCUUUUUCCUGAUUUUUUUUUUUUAAAUAAGUCUACACAUACCUCCAUGUGCCCUCCAUUCAUUUUGCCUGUAUUGCAUGUUCCUUGUAUACUCUGUACCUAAGAUCUAACAGGAAGAUUUAGAUGCAGUGGGGUGAUAGCAUCUGCGAGCCUCGGCAGACACUCCACUGACCAUGUCAAUUGUGGAAGCUUUGCUUACUUGUUAUCAAAAUACAUUUUAGGGUCACGUGAGGUGCAAUGCAAAAUGAUGUGUCCUCUUUCUGUGACCUGCUAAGUACGAGCAGUGCCUCUGUUGCCUGCUCUCAAGUGGUCUUCGGUACCAAGUGCUCCUCAAGAUAUUCUUGCCUUGCUUGAAAAUUGUGUUUUGUUUUUGUAGAGCAUUUGAGCUAUAAGCUAGAGCUGAUUUUAAUCAAAGCCUGCUUGACAAAAUUUACAUGCCAGCGAGAGCAUUUGGCAGAAAUGUUUCUUUCAUAGGAUGAGAAGCACAGUGUAAAAUAAACUACUUGCAACCUUCUCAGUUGUGAGCCCAUUGCUCCUGUAAGUGAGGCGUUCAGAGGGCUGCUUUGGAGCAAGAGCUCUUUGUGAAUUCAAAGCACAUCUGCUUUGAGGUCAUGGAAGCUCGCUGACAAGCUUUCAGUGCCCCUCUAAGGAGCCGUGUGCUUUUAAUCAGGGGCCUUUUCUGGUAAGGUUGUCAUAUUAAUAUUUAAAGGAGUUGGAUCAGUUUUGGCUGGAAAGCCCUGGAGGUUGUGUUGUCCCUAGAAGAUGUACCGUUUGGAUUGGGUCUGUGCUAGUCAGUGUUACGAGGCAGGGGUCAUGGAUGUCUUACCUGCCACCCUCCCUUUCUUUGUGACUUCACUGCCAGCAGUGACACGACACCAGCACAUGGGAACCAUAUUGAAUAUUGUGGAUGAAAGAGAACUUCUAAAAGAGAAAUAUAGGAAUUCUUGGGUGUUCUCUCUUGCCUCAAUGAGAAUGCUAAAUAUAAGCAGGCACGAGGCAAGAAGAGCAAAUCCCAGCUUGAACAUCUCAGCAUCGUCUUAGGUUCUCUCAGAAAAUGGGAAAUUCAGACAAGGAAAAGAUAAUUUGUGGAGCUGACAACAAUUACUUUAAUAAAACUAAUGUCUGUUCAUACUAUGAACAUACACUUAACUUCAUUUAUCUCAUUACUAAACUGGUGGGAGGAGGUAGAGGAACUCUGGGAAGGAGAAAUCAGAUAAGGAGUUUAGGGUAUUUUUGCUUAUGUAAUAGUUUGAUCAUGAUUUGAGUGUUUACUCAAAACAUAGUAACAAGUAUAGACAUUUGACCAUUGGCUACUAAUGACACACAUGAAGUCAAAAUGCAGGCAUAUACAAUUUGCCUUUUUGUGUAUUAUAAUUCAACUUUUUAUGGGUUUUUGUUGGACAUUAGUGGGAGGAGUGGCCCUUGGGCCUGAGGGUGUUGGAUGCCCCAGUGUAGGGGAAUGCCAGGGUGGGAAGGUGCAAGUAGGUGGGUGGGUGAGCAACCUCAUAGAGGCAGGGGGAGGGGGAUGGGAUAGGGGAGUUUCUGAAAGGGAGACCUAGAAAGGGGAAAACGAUUGAAAUGUAAAUAAGGAAAAUACCCAAUUUAAAAAAAAACACAAAAGACAUACUAUAUACUAAAGACAUACUAUAUACUAAAGACAUACUAUAUCCUAAAGACAUACUAUACUAAAGACAUACUAUACUAAAGACAUACUAUAUACUAAAGCUGAAAUUUAAGAACACACUGAGGACCUAUGAAAUAGCUCAAUAGGAAAACACACUUGCUGCCAGUCAUGAUAGCCUUUGAUCCUCAGAGCUCACAUGGUGGAAGAACAGACUCGUAUGAGUUAUCCUCUGACCUUCCUUUAUACACAAGUCAUAGCACACACACACACACACACAUACACACACACGCACACAUAUACACAUACACACACACAUACACAUACAUUAAAAAAAAGAUCAAUUAAACACCUAAGUUCUGUACCACUUAGUAACCAACCAAAAACGUAACUGUUUUUUGUUUGUUUUAAGGUUUUCCGUAAUAAAAGCCAAAUUAUUCCACAGUUCCAAGGCAAUACAUUCACCCACGAGACUGAAUACAAGCGAAAUUUCAAGGGUUUAACUCCAGUGAAGGAACCAAAGUCAAGAGAGUAUUUGAAAGGAAACAGCAGUCUGGAGAUGCUGACUCCAGUAAAGAAGGCAGAUGAGCCUUUAGACUUAGAAGUAGACAUGGCGUCGGAAGACUCAGACCAGUCUGUAAAGAAGCCUGCUUCAUGGAGACACCAAAGGCUUGGAAAAGUGAAUUCUGAAUAUAGAGCAAAGUUCCUGAGCCCAGCCCAGUAUUUCUAUAAAGCUGGAGCUUGGACCCGGGUGAAGGAGAACCUGUCAAACCAGGGUUCUCUAAAUGCCAUGUGGUAUGCAGAGGUUAAGGAGCUCCGAGAAAAGGCCGAAUCUUACAGGAAGCGAGUUCAGGGGACACAUUUUUCUCGGGACCAUCUGAACCAGAUUAUGUCGGACAGCAACUGCUGUUGGGACGUCUCCUCAGUCACAAGCUCGGAAGGCACCGUCAGUAGCAACAUCCGAGCACUGGAUCUUGCUGGAGACCUUACAAACCACAGGACCCCCCAGAAACACCCUCCUACCAAACUAGAAGAAAGAAAAGUUGCCUCGGGAGAGCAGCCCCUGAAAAACUCCACCAGGAGACUGGAGAUGCCAGAGCCUGCCGCCUCGGUCAGGAGGAAGCUGGCUUGGGAUGCUGAGGAGAGCACGAAGGAAGACACCCAGGAGGAGCCCAGGGCGGAGGAGGACGGGAGAGAGGAGAGAGGACAGGACAAGCAGACCUGUGCGGUAGAGCUGGAGAAACCGGACACACAGACACCCAAGGCAGACAGACUGACAGAAGGGUCGGAGACAUCUUCUGUUUCCUCAGGGAAGGGAGGCAGGCUUCCUACACCGAGGCUGAGAGAACUCGGUAUCCAGCGGACGCACCAUGAUCUCACGACGCCAGCUGUUGGUGGCGCAGUCUUAGUGUCUCCAUCUAAAGUGAAGCCACCAGGCCUCGAGCAGAGGAGGAGAGCGUCCUCCCAAGAUGGCUUAGAAACUCUGAAGAAAGACAUUACUAAGAAAGGAAAACCCCGUCCCAUGUCUCUGUUGACUUCUCCGGCUGCUGGCAUGAAGACAGUUGAUCCCCUGCCUCUGCGAGAAGACUGUGAAGCCAAUGUGCUCAGAUUUGCUGAUACUCUUCCUGUUUCGAAAAUUUUGGACCGUCAGCCCAGCACCCCUGGGCAGCUGCCUCCAUGUGCCCCGCCUUACUGUCAUCCGUCCAGCAGGAUCCAGGGCCGUCUGCGAGACCCUGAGUUUCAGCACAACAUGGGAAAACCCAGGACGAACAAUUUGCAGCUACAUCCACACGAUGCCUUUAAUGAUGAAGAUGCAGAUAGACUGUCUGAGAUCUCUGCUCGCUCUGCAGUUUCCAGCCUCCGGGCUUUCCAGACUCUAGCCCGAGCUCAGAAAAGAAAGGAGAAUUUCUGGGGCAAGCCAUAAACCUCUCAUCUUAUCUAGUGACAAGCUGGCUCAUCUUUACUCACUCAGUGUGUUAAGGUUUUCAGAGGGUUUGGAGUUUCUUCUAACACUUCUGACUCAGAUAAUUUGAAUUUUCAGUGGCUCAUCUUAGCCAGAAAAUUGCCAUGCAGCUGUGUCUAAGUCUGACUCUUUGAGAGCACCUUUGCACUUGUCUGAGUACAAAGGUGCGGGGUUGUGUAUUUCUUCACACACUCUUGACUUUUGUGUCAGGUCUCGGGGGUUGCUAGUAGAAGCCUGAAGGUCAUCUACAGAAUAUUCUAAAGGGAGAAAAUGAAGUCAACAUUAAGAUCUUCCAACUUAAUUUCCCCUCAGAUUGGUCUUAGGCAUUUUAAUAGCUGUAGGUGUCAUGAAAAGAAUCUCACUGUUUUAUUAGCGCCUUCUGUAUACACAGGUGCAGUGUUAAGAUGAUUGGACUUUGAAAAGCUGGCUGUACAUAUUUUUCUUAUUUAUGUAACAAAAUUUGCUGAGAGAAUAUGUAUAUUUUUGAUCUUUUUAUGUAUUUUAUUUGUAUAAUAACUGGCAUACAUUUGAAUAAUGUCUAGAUUUUGAAAAAUGAUUUGUGAAAUGGAGAAUUAAAAUUUUGUAGACAUUUAAAAAUGAAAAUUAAGUGUGCUUGGCUUCUUCAGGAAGUUAUCAUGUGGAAUAAAUAUCUUCUAGAAGCAUUCUAUUAGAACUGCUUAAUCAAAAAUUAUACUACUAUUGCAGCUGCUAAAUGCAGUGAAACUGAGUCUACAGUAUUUUUUUUUUCACAAAUACGAGGUUUUAAAAACAGAUUCAUUAAAAAAUUUAAACACCAA